GUUUGUUUUGUUUACAAUUUUCUUAUCGUAGGAAUUUUGAAUUAAAAAAACUUCAAUAAAAUUGUGCUAAAAAAUAUGACUUGCAGUAAUUUAACAGAAAAUAUAGUGUUCCUUAAUCAUAAAUCAUUUGUGGACGGCAUAUAUAGCUCGUAUCAGUUUCAUGAUUCUGCGUUGGAAAGUGCCGCUUUGAGAUCUGAACUGUUUCACGUUGUGGUGCCGUAUGAUGCUAAAUCGACCAGGGAUGAAACCGAAGGAGCUCCAAAAGCAAAGAAACUCAAACGUGCUGCUGCCUCAUUCGAUGAAAUCACACUGAAGGUUAAAGAUAAACAUGACGAAUAUGUAAGUUUCAAUAAAAAUGUUGAAACUCUUACAGAAGACAAUAAUAAAAUUGCUCUUGAAUUCAUAUACGAGUUCAAUAGAAAUGCUCAUUACAACGUAGACAAAGUGUUCAAUGGUGGCAAUGAUUCUCAGUUUAUUGUUAAAACAACUAUGCACGACGAAGACUAUAUCAUUCCACCCAAUUGUCGGUUUUUCAAUUCAGAUGUAAGGAAUUUGAAUAACUUCCUGACCCAUGAGGAUAAAUUUGAUUUCAUUGUCCUGGAUCCACCAUGGUGGAACAAAUACAUCCGCCGGGUGAAAGCCGUCAAUGAAAAAUCCGGAUACCGCAUGCUGGACAACGAAAGCUUGAAAGGCAUUCCCUUGGAAAACCACGUUCAUGACAGGACAAUCGUAGCAAUUUGGUGUACCAAUUCGCCAAGUCACAUUGACGCAAUCGAACAGCAAUUAUGCGCUAAAUGGAAUCUCAAGCUGGUGGGUUCGUGGUAUUGGAUCAAGAUUACAAAGCAUGGAUCACCGGUUUGUGCCUUCAAUGAGACUAACAAGAAGCAACCCUAUGAAAGACUAUUCAUUGCUGUGACUACCGAUAGCUCAAUCAAAGAUAUUCCUAGCGAGAAGUACAUCUUUAGCGUUCCAUGUGCAAUUCAUUCGAAUAAACCACCGCUUUUAGUCACUAUUCUCAAUAAUUUACUGUGCUUUAUUACAGAAUUGUUCACUGAUUUCUUUCCUGAGCGUCCAAAGUGCCUUGAACUGUUUGCUAGAAAUGUAUAUCCGAACUUUACCUCGAUUGGAACGGAAGUUUUAAAACUGCAGAACACUCGGCUAUUUCAGCUAUCUUCGAAACACGAGGUACAAUAAAUAAAAAAAAUACUGUCCAAACUUGUCCUUAUUUCUAUG